AUGGGGUUCAGACGUCGCAAAGAGAAACUACAACCAGCUCAAGGAGCAUCGUCUGUAGGGCACACACGCUCCACCUCGCUGUACACCAUCCCAACGGCAGCGUCUACUGUUCAUUCUCUGUCCACGGUAUCAACAAUAUAUAGUCACGACAACAACACAACCACAUCGCUCAGUCUUUCCGGGACGACCCUUGUCACAGAAGGGUCGUCCACCGAACCCUCUAGCCAAUAUGGAAUUCAGGAUUCAAACUCGCGGAAACAAAAAGCCAGACGCUCGCUCGCAAAAUAUGGGUCCUAUGCGGAUCUCUCUAAUGCAAUCUCUCAUACUGUGGCUAAGGCCAGCGAUUCAAAAUUAAAGGCGCGGAGCUCUGUCAUAAAUCUUGAGCAACAGAUGCGCGAGUAUGUGACGAAUGUGACGCAUUCGAGUGUGGAUCUUUAUGGGACCAUGCUGAAGAAGUUGGAUCAUAUGAUAACCUCGAUGGACGAGGGAUUGUUCAGAGAUAAGGAAGAUAUGGUCACGGUAUACGGUGACGAGGUCUCAUACACGAAGACAGGGACGGAGAGAGAGGUGAAAGCGACAUCAACGGGCCCCAGUUUCUUCUCGAAGACCUAUCUGUACCACAACUCCCGGCUCCCGGCUCACCUUCCUCCAGUGCAUAUACUACCGCAAACAUAUGCUCUCAUCCGCCUAGCUGCCCAGUACUCCAGCUCAGCUUACAAAAAGCCUGCAGAGCUCACCACGACCAACCCCUACGUGAGCGCCAACAUCCGUCAGGGAACGAAGGCAAUGGUAAUCAAGCCACUCGCAUCAGACGAUCUCAAGAGCAUCGUCCUCGCAAUCCGAGGAACCCAAAGCUUCCGCGACUGGGCCGUGAACAUGAAAACGCUGCCAACAGCCCCACAGAACUUCCUCGACGACCCCGACAACCUGUGCCACGCAGGAUUCCUCACCGUGGCACAGAGAAUGGUCCCUUCCGUCGCAGCUUAUCUCCGUGAUCUGCUAACCGAAGAUCCCAAUCGCGCGUCAUAUUCGCUGAUCCUGACGGGCCAUUCUGCCGGCGGCGCAGUGGCCAGUCUGCUGUACUGCCAUUUGCUCUCAACGAGCGUGUCGUCUGAACUGAAGCACUUGGCUAGUUUCUUCGGAAGCAUCCAUUGCGUGACAUUCGGCGCACCGCCAGUUUCUAUCAGACCUCUGUUUCCAACGAAGUCCCCGGCAUCACUAGAGUCGAUGUUCUAUGCGUUCAUUAACGAAGGCGAUCCCGUGCCCCGGGCCGAGAAAUCCUAUGUCACCUCAUUGUUGAACCUUUACUUGUCGCCCGCGCCGUUCUCCCUUGGCACAAGUCGAACCUAUCCCUUCGUCAGCAGACAAAACAAACCCGCCAUCUGGCGUGUGCCGCCAGCUACACUCCACCUCGCUGGGAACGUAGUCCUCCUGCGACAUCAAUCGCAAGACCCCCUUCUCAAAUCCCCGCACAGCGCAAACGCCGUCCAGAAAGAUGAAAUCGAAGCCUGUCGAAUCCCCAACGAAAUCAUGCACGAUGUCGUCUUCGGAGACCCCAUAAAACACUGGAUGGGCCUGUAUCAAGAAAGAAUAGAGCACCUCACCCGCAGGUCGCAACAACCACCUCCCUAUCAGCAUUAA